GAUGGCGGCCGUCCCGUCUCUUCUGGUCCACUAUAAACCACACAACAAUUCGUCCCCAAUUGGAAAAUUAGCCAAAAACAGGGGGAAAAAACUAUUUUCUCUUUUCCGAUCUCAGGUAUUUUCAGGUUAAUUCGUUCCCCUUCAAUCUGUUGUUUGUAAAUAUUUUCAGAAUCAUCGCACAAAUAAUAAUAUAGUUUCCCAGAAUCUCACUUUUCUGUUCUUUACCGAAUUUUCCUGAUUCGAACUGCGCAAUUUGUUCGGAUUCCUCCCGCACUUGUUAGGGUUUUUAUGUUUGAUCUUUAAAUUUAUCUUCCCCUCUGUGAAUAAUACUAAUUCUCGAGUCAUCGUUAAUUUUGGGGGUUUUAUGUUUAGUUUACCCAUCUGAUGUUAGGGUUUCCUUAAAGUUUGAUUUUUUUUGUUGUGGGGAAAAAGGGUUUUGAUUAGUUCUCUGAUUAUUGGUUUAUAACAAGUCUUGGUUUUUUUCUUUUGUAAGCUGUGUGGAAAUCAUCCAUUUUGGUUGGUUUCUUCUCUUUCUCUUCUGGUUUUUAGUAGUUCAGCAGGAAGAUAGAUUGUGUGUUUUAUGUCUUGAAAUUGGACCGAAGAUUGGGUGAUUUUGGAUAUAUUCUGUGAAGACUGGAAUCAAUGGCUGCUACUUGGUGUCUUUUGAGUCCCCUUCCAGUUCAUGGUGGGAAGGAAAAGAAGCCACUCGGUGCUGGUGUGUGCCGCGGUGUUCAGUCUUUAAGAUUUCUUCGGUGUCCGAAACUUGUCCACAAGAGAUUAUUAUGGGCCGACCGGAUGUUGGGUCGUUUUCCCAUAAGAAGCCAGGUGAUGCAAACGCCGUCCAUGGAUAAAAUGGUUGAAUCGGAUGUAGACCGGAGGCCAUGGCCACCAGAGAACAGGGUAGGUAGCCCGGCCAUUCAUAACCCGUUGAUCCGUCACGAGAGACUGGGUUGCGGAUGGUUGGCUGCUGUGUUUGAGUGGGAAGGUGUGCUGGUCGAAGACAACCCCGACCUCAAGAGGGAAGCCUGGUUGGCUCUUUCUAGGGAAGAGGGGAAACCCCCGCCGCCGGCUUUCAUACUCCGGAGAAUCGAGGGGAUGAAGAACGAGCAAGCGAUAUCCGAAGUUCUUUGCUGGUCAAGGGACUCUCUCGAGACAAAGAGAAUGUCGGCCCGGAAGGAGGAAAUCCACCAAGCCCUACACUGCGGGACCCACCGCUUCCGUCCUGGGUCCCGCGAAUUCAUCGACACUCUGACGCAUCACAACAUCCCGACGGCUCUCGUCUCGACCCGCCCGAGAUCCACGGUCGAGGCCGCAGUCCGAUCCGCGGGAAUUAGAGAGGAACGGCCCUUCGGUGCGGUCGUGGCCUCGGAAGACGCCCACCGGGGGAAGCCGGACCCGGAAAUGUUCAUCCACGCGGCGCGGCUUCUGGGGAUCGUGCCCCAGAGGUGCAUUGUCUUCGGGAACUCAAAUCUGACCGUGGAGGCCGCGCACGAUGCGCGGAUGAGGUGUGUUGCGGUUGCUAGCCGGCACCGGGUGUACGAGCUUGGCGCGGCCGACUUGGUCGUUAAGAGGCUCGACGAGCUCUCGGUUGUCGACUUGAAGAAGCUCGUGGCUAAAAUGGACGAGUUCGAGGUAGAGGUCGAGGAAGAAGAUGAUGGGCCGUAUCGUUCUUUGGCCGUCGGUGUCGCCGAUUUGUGGUAAUUUGUAUCUGUUUGUACAGCAUAAUAGCAGUUCUUACUGUGUUUAAUCUAGUUUCCAUAGGAGGAGGAGGAUGAGAUAUAGAUUAAAGAAGCUUUACACUGAAUAUCAAGAAAGUAUAUGUGAAAAAAAAAGAGGUUAAGGGGCCACAGGGAUAAAACCAAAGUUGACGCCACCGGAAAUGGUUACACACAACAUUUGUUGGGAAAAGUUUGGUGUCAUGUGUGGUGUGAUUAUAGUAUGAUUUCAUCAAAAGCUAAUAGUGUGUGUAAGUUUUAUGUUGUGCAAAUAUGUGUAUCAUAUGAGAUAUCACUGCUUGUUAUGCAAUUGUUAUAAAAGUACAUAUGUACG